UUUGUUCGUAACUUUUGCUUGGUUGUGGUUGGUGGUUGUCACAAGUAAGUUGUUGGUAACCAAGGUUGCCUGCCUUGGUUUGGUGGUUACGGUACGGUACGUACCUACUGCAUACUGCAUAGGUAGGUAGUAGUCCCUGUCCCUAGGUUAGGGUGUACCUGGUAGGCUUAGGCUUAGGCUUAGGCUUAGGCUUCCCCCCCGCCCACCGCCGCCCACGGGCCAGGCACGGUCCAGGUACCGUCCGGGAGUCAGAAUCCUCUUUUUAAGAUAUACACGGCUUGUCCCUUUCUUCCCUUUCUCUCCCCUUUCUCUCUCCCCUUUCUCUUUCUUUCUUUCGCCUCGUCCACUCACAUAUAACGCUCUUUUUUUUUUUUCACUCCUCGGCCUCUUUCCAAAGCCAUCCACGCUCCUUAACGCCUUCGUGCCCGUCUUGUUUGAAAAGUCCUCUACUACGCUCGCUCUUUUUCUGACUCUCCUGGUCAUCUUGCCCGCUUCCCUCCUUUCGCGCCCAGCUAGAUAGUUAUAUCACUCCAGCUCCAGACAGUUAUCUCUCGCAAAAAAACGAACCACCUUUUCUCCGAUUAAACCGCCAGUCUCCCGUGCGCUCGCAAAGCUACUUACUCUCUUAGCGACCUCCCGUCCACCAUAAGACAUCCAAGAUCGUCGCAAGGCGCAUACCGAACAUCGAUAUCUGUAGAUCGAUCUUCCCUUCCCUCUUGCAUAGAAACAACAAAACAACCAAGACCACCCCGUCGCAUAUAUCCUACCUCCAUAUAUUUCCACUAUUGCAAUCGCUGCAAGAAGCCAAAGCCCCAACCAAACCCCAAAAAUGAAUAUCCUCACCUUCUUCUCCACGCUGCUCCUCCUGCUCGCGACCCAGCUCGUAGCCGCCCAAGAUGACAUGGUCACCUCCACAAGAACCACCACGAUCACCAACACUGUGACUGUGACCAUCAUCCGCUCCGUCGGCACUUCCACCACCGCGGAUUCUACCAUCACACCUACACCCACGCCAGCGGCCACCACCUCAGAUGUCUCCGACUCCUCGACGCCAAACUUUGCCGUUGCCGCGCCCACCGCGCUGCCAAUGCUGAUGGCUGGAGGUCUCGCCGUGGUCCUGGGCGUAGCUCUUUAGAUCUCUUGAAAGAAAAGAAAAGAAAAAAAGAAAAAAAAAUCCUAGCUCGGGAAAAUGAGCUGUAGAAGUGGGGAGUGCAGAAGUCAAGGGGAGAUGGGAAUGCGAUUGGCUUUUCAGGACAAGCAAAAAGAUGAGACAAACACGAUUGAUGGAUUGACUGACUGAUUUGAUUUGAUCGAUUGAAGCUUGAGAGUUUUUGGUGGAACUGCUGAUUUCUUCUUCUCUUGUAUACGAUAUGGAUGUUAUUUUUCUUUUUCUUUUCUUCUUCUUCGAGAGAUACCCGCCCUUAUUUUAUUUAUUUUUCUCACUAUAUCGUUGUUGUCAGGUACUGUAUAUGUGAAAGGCCCCCCCCAACGAGCAAAAAUCCAUAUACAUACAUAUAUCUUCACAUUUCGUCCUGUGUGCUCUUUGCCCAAUACAUAUUUUUAGCUUUUAAGCUUUUGAUUCCCCAAGUAUACCCCGUUUGAACUUCCACGGGCCUGCCUCCGUACUUGGAAUCGAAAAAUCCAAAGUCGCAUGCGACGGACGGACAAAUCAGUCAGCCCUUUUCAAAAUUCUAUGCGCACGAACGCGCCAGCGCAAUCAAUGCAUCUGAACUGCCACGCCACCGCUUUUAUUUAUCCUUCUUUCACUGCGAAAUAGCAGCCUCCGUCACCCAUUUCCCCCGUUUCGCUUCCCCAUCAACACUCCCCACAUCCCCCUUUUUGCUUUCUUUCUUAAAGACCUGGUCGCCUUUAUUUAAUUCUCACGUUUAUUUAUCCGCGGCAAAAUAAAAAGCCGGGGGGGCCACUUACUUCUUCUAAACCUCUUCUUACUUUCUUACGCUGUACUUCUUUGCUUCACCACUUUAUUCUCAACGAUAUUAUAACCCUUCUUCCCCCCCCUAUUUGAUUCCGUUUCCCUGCGAACUGAAUUAUUUGUUAAUACCCAAAAACACUUUGUUUUAUGGAUGAUGAUUGGACACCUUGCCUUGCCUUCCCUUCCUCCCCUCCCCUUUUUCCCCCUCACUCCGCACUUCAUAACCGGGGGAAGGGAAAAAAAAAAAAAAAAAAAAAAAAAAAAAAAACACCACAA